AUGGCAGAUCUCAACGCCACUAUCAAGCAGACAAUGAUGGUCUCCACACGAUCCGCUACCUUCGGGGAGAGAGCCAACAACUACUGGAUGCUUGUUGAACCGAAAAGUGGUGCGGAGGCAAGACGCAACCUGGACUCGAAGGGCAUAUCGUACAAAAAGACUUCUUCGAUGAACAGGCUAUACGAGCUGUCCUACCGUGUACAACGAGGACUGCUGGUAUUAGACAAGUACUCCUUCACAGAGCUCGAGCGAAUUUGUGUCCGAAAGCAUUACAAACUACCCGACAAUCUUCCCAAGGGCAAAGUUGCCGCUCGAAAAGAGCUAACACAGUACCUCGAAGCCCGUGAUACCCACAACACGUUCGACAAAUUUCUCGACUUGCCGGCAGAGCUUCGAGUCAUGAUUUACAAAUUCCAUCUUCAAGACCUUGAGGCCACCGCGGAAAAUCUGGAGCACCUCUGGGCGCAGCCACCGAUCACCAAAGUCAAUAAAUUGAUCAGAACAGAGACGCUUGACCUUUUCCACAACACCUGCAACUUCACCUUCAAAUUUCGACAGAACUCAGAAGACUAUUACGAAUGGUGCCGCAUGGAUCUGAAAUUCAUCACGAGGGCAAAGAUGUAUCCAAUCCGUCACCUGCGCGUCUUCGGCCAGAUGUUGGUUCAGCGAUCUCACCAGUCCAAUUGGCUUGUUGUGAUUGAUACCAAGGCGAAGACUUUUCGCUUGGACCCUGUGGAGUCUGUGAAUCAUCCUUUUGCAUGGGGUGAUGUGGGUUUCGAGGCUGUGCGGUCAGCCAUGGAGAAGCGUGUUAAGAAGAUCAUCGACGAGUGUCGGGACGAGAGGGGUUUGCUCCUGCUGACGAGUGGGAUCAGAGAUGGGAUCGUGGGUUGGUUCGAGCACAGAUGA